AUGGGGGGACAGGUGAGGCUGCCGCCCGGGGAGCCGUGCCGAGAGGGCCAUGUGCUGUCGGUUGUCUGUCCGAACACCUUCCAGGCUUGGUGUGAAAUCACCAAUGUGUCCCAGCUGCUGGCUUCCCCCGGCCUCUACAUGGACCUGAAUACCAGCAUAACAAACCUGAGCAUUUCCGCAGAUGUAGAAAACAAAUACAGUCUUUAUGUGGGCUUGCUCCUGGCAGUAAGUUCCAGUGUUUUUAUUGGCUCCAGCUUCAUAUUGAAAAAGAAAGGCCUCAUGCAACUGGCUGACAAGGGCAUCACCAGAGCUGGACAAGGCGGACAUUCUUACCUCAAGGAAUGGCUGUGGUGGGCAGGUUUACUGUCAAUGGGAGCAGGAGAGGCUGUCAAUUUUGCAGCUUAUGCUUUUGCACCUGCCACCUUGGUCACCCCCCUGGGCGCGCUGAGUGUUCUCAUAAGUGCAAUAUUGUCUUCCUAUUUCUUAAAUGAGCACUUGAACAUCCAUGGGAAAAUAGGCUGCAUUUUAAGUAUUUUGGGGUCAACUGUGAUGGUUAUCCAUGCCCCACAAGAAGAGGAAGUCACUUCUUUGCAUGAAAUGGAAAUGAAGUUGAGAGACCCAGGAUUUAUUUCUUUCGCUGCAGUUGUAAUUGUGAUCGCCUUGGUGCUGAUUUUGAUUGUGGCUCCCAAGAAAGGACAGACCAACAUACUGGUCUACAUCUCAAUCUGCUCUCUGAUUGGAGCAUUUUCAGUUUCUUCCGUCAAGGGCCUGGGAAUUGCCAUUAAGGAACUAUUAGAAUGGAAGCCAGUUUACAAGAACCCCCUGGUCUUUGUUUUGCUGGCCGUACUGGUGCUCUCAGUGACGACACAGAUCAACUACCUCAACAAGGCCCUGGACACCUUUAAUACAUCUCUUGUGACCCCCAUCUAUUAUGUGUUCUUCACAUGUAUGGUUGUGACCUGCUCGGUCAUCCUAUUCCAGGAGUGGUACAGCAUGAACAUUGGAGAUAUCAUUGGGACCUUGAGUGGGUUCUGCACAAUCAUCAAUGGCAUCUUCCUCCUCCAUGCUUUUAAAAACACCAACAUUACCUGGAGCGAACUGACAUCCACCGCUAAGAAACAAGUCUUCUCUCCAAAUGGCAGUGAGAACAAUUAUGUUUUACUAGAGAAUGUAGAUUGUGCAGUGUCUGGACAUGAUGAUGAUGUUACCUUGUUUAGCAGGACUGAUAACCAAAGUCUCUAUAAAGUCUGAAUUUCAACCCACAGAGAGGGAACUGUUUGCUUCUUGAAAGAACUUAUAGGGAAGCUU